UGGCAGGUCACCCGUUUUGAGGAAGAGGAAGGGCCAUUGGAGUUGGGGUGGCCUUCCCGUCACCAUCUUCAUCCUCUUCCAGAGAGGGGCCCCCCGCAAGGCAUAAAGAAGAAAAGAGAGCAGACUACGCAACUUAGUCUUCAUAAGCUUCUUCCAUGGGGGACUACUAUGGAUACCACAGUAAUCACAGGCCAUACGCCAUGGACGUUGAAGCUUCCUCCGCGAUGCCAAACCAUGCUCCAAGGUACGUCCUCCUCUCCGAGAACAGCCUCGACCCAUCAUCCAUGAGGCCGCCGCCUCAUAGACGCAACGUGCCAAGGUAUCCUCACAAGAAGGGUACUAGCUGCUGUUGUAAGUGCUACUGCUGCUGCUGCUGUUUCUUUUUCUUGCUCCUCGUCGCCGUAGUGGGUAGCCUGGCCUACAUUUCCUAUCGCUACCAACCACAGAUUCCCUCCUACCGGGUGAAAAAUUUUCACGUCUCAAAGUUCAACGUCGAUUCUGAGUUGACGGUUUUCUCUGAAUUCUCCGUCGAAAUCGAAGCAGAGAAUCCAAAUACCAAGAUCGGCUUCCAUUAUGAACGGGGCAGUCUUGUCGCGGUCACGUACUCCGGUAGAGAGCUCUGUUCAGGGAAGCUGCCUGUUUUCUACCAAGGAUACAAGAACACAACGGUAAUGCAUGUGGCGUUGACAGGAAAGAGCGCAUUCGGCACGGGGUUGCAGGCUGCAUUAAUGGAGCAGCAGAACACAGGAAGUGUGCCAUUGACGAUCAGUGUGGUGGUGCCAGUGGCGUUGGAUUUGCAGGGUUUUAAGCUCCACAAAGUGACGGUCUUCGUGACUGUCUCGCUCGUAGUGGAUAGCUUGCAACCGAACAAGAAGAUCGAGAUCAAGUCCAAAGAGUAUGACAUUAAGAUCCAGCUCUGAGCACCGUGUUUUCUUUUUGUGCGGCUAUUUCUUCCUUGGCAGGGAAUUAAAAUAUGAAUUCCUUUUGGAAAGAAGUUUUGGCCUUGAUGGAAUUGCCCGGGAAGCUGUACAGUUCCAAGACAGAACCGAACUGCGUUGUUGCAGAAUGACAUGGGGUUGUCUUCAAUGAUGGGAAGGAAAGGUAUAGAAUUAGAUUUUCAAGUUGAUGGCUAUGUACUCUGGACCUGGUUAGAGCAGAUGAGACCUUUUCUUGGAUUUAAACUGUGAUAACUCUCUCUCUCUCUCUCUCUCUCUCUCUCUCUCUCUCUCUAGUAUACAUAUGCGUUCCAUGUGGAAACGUAUAUAAUGUACAUACUGUGGUAUGUACAAUAUUGAAUGUGUGUUUGUGAUCAUAUGUAAGAACACUCAUUAGGUAACUUUUCAUUUAGGGGUCUACCAAAAUGCAGGCUUGACAUUUCUAAUUU